AUGGCCUUACAACCAUUUACGAAUGAACAAUUGAAUUAUCUCAAGUUUGCUUUCCUCGUGACAAAUGAAAUUCCUAAAGCGUUACGGAAAACUUUUGAACAGAUGUGGAACAACAUCGUUGCGUCGCGUUCUGGUUUUCAGCCCUGGGAUGAUUCUAAUGCUGUACGUAACCUGUUCUUAAGUACCGAAGGUGGAGCAUCCAAAGUCCCCACACAUCUUUCCUAUAAUGAAUGGGAUUGCACAGACUUAUUCCAGGCCACCAUCUAUGCGCGGUCCUUUACUUUGCGAGAUAGCACAGGCCAUCACAAGAUACUCCAUGAUUUGUAUUUGAGGUCAUGUAAAUUACCACGUGGUACUUUCCAUUCCUCUGUAGUUAGCUCGACUGGAGAUGACGCAGAAACCUUUGCACUGGCGAUCGAUCAGCUUCGUUUAUUGAGAAAUUCGCUCUUUCAUUUAAAUAAAUCCGAAUUGGAGAAAAUAAAAUACGAUCGAUACGUUCAACUCGCUAAAGAAGCGAUUAAAGCCCUUGGAGUUAAUACCGACCCUAUUGAUGCUGUUGGAAGUUUGACUGAGUCUGACUUUCCCACCGAGAAAGUUCGCAAGUUAGAAGAUGACGUCAGAAAAGAGCUUCAAAAAAGAAACGAAUUCCUCAAAGAAGAAGUUAUUGAUGACUUGCAUCUCUCACAGAAAUCUCAAAAGGAAGGUACUGAAGAGCUAAAGAAGACAAUCGAAUCUGCAAAUGCCACUACUCAAGACACGAUUGAAACUAAGUUUGCCGAGCUUCAAAUUGAAAGCAGACUUGUCAGAGAAGAUGUUAAAGAUGAACUUCAUCUUCAUAAAGACGACACUGAGAACCUGAAAGAGGCAAUCACUAAGAAUAUUGAUGGGCUUAAGCAAGAGAUGAAAGACCUUCUGAAGGAGUCGCAAAGUCCAGGUAAAAAGAAAAUUAAAAUGAAAUUUUUGUGAUUCUGAUUCGACCACAGCUUGAACCGCGAAUUCAUCGGGUUUCACCGAAAGAUCUGGUGAUGCUGAGUAUCUUUCUUCUCGCGCUAGUCACGUUUUGGUUUCCUUCACAGUAGGUGUAUAGUCUUGUAUGUAAUCGACACACAAUGCGUUCUCUCUGAAAAAACAAAUAAGUGACGAGGCAAAAAGAGGCUGCAUGGAAAAUUACCUAAAAUUUAAUUCCUCAAUAUUUUAUGUUUCUCUAAGGUAGAAAUACUGCUACACCUAAUUUAUUUGAUUCAAUGCGCGAACGAACGACGAACGAACGAACGAGGAUGACCUGUGAAAAUACACCUUCUGGAUUUCAUAAUCAUUUUCAUAUUUUCUACUGAAUAACGCAUUUGUACCAGAGGUUCAUUUAUUAAAUAUAUACAAAGAGAACAAACAUAGCAGCCUCGACUCUGUUAUGUUUUGUCAAAGAUUGAUUUAACCUUUGUGAUUGCAGCCACGAAGGAGGGAUAAGAAGUACUUAACUAAAAGUAGUGCUUCCCUAUACACCUCUUUUGUGCUAUCACCACCUUCCGUUAUAGAAUAGAGCUCAGUCGAGUCUUCUCUACUUGUGCGGUUCACUUCCCUUGUACCACAAAGGAUUUAGAGUGCAUACUGAUUGAUCUUGUGAAAACCGCUUCUUUAAUCACGUUUUAAUUGUCUAAGACUUACUUUCUUUUUAGGAGUUAAACAGCGAUUUCCACGAUUGAAUCUUCCUCCUCACUUUAUUGGCCGUGAAAAAGAAUGUGAAGAGAUAAUUGGUCACGUGACUUCUGAUUCGACCCAAAUCGUAACAGUCUGGGGGUCACCAGGGUUUGGAAAGACGUCUACUGCAAUCGCUGUGGGUCACCAGCUUCAAAAGGACGGUCAACCUGUUUGCUUUAUCUCACUACGCGAGCUUAAUUCAAAAGAUGAUUUAACUUCAAAGUUACUCAGCCACUUUCGAACUGCUGAUUCGAAAAAUCAGAGUUUGACACCUGCCGAUGAAAUUGGUUUCAUUUUUGAAAGACAAUCGGAUCCAUGUUUUUUAGUUCUUGAUAAUGCAGAUGAUUUGUUUGAAUGUGGCGAGCCAGAUGUGAAAGAGACGACUGUUAAUUUGAUAAAAGACCUUCUCAAUCGCAGUGAAAAGGUCAAAUUUAUUUUAACCACACGGGAGCCAAUGGCCUAUUUGGAUAUGUCUCUACAGGGACACAAGUCCAUCAGAAUUAGAGAACUCGACAAGUCGUCCUCCAAUGCUUUAGUGAAAAAGUUACUGCCAAAGGUGAGCUCUGCUGACGCAACAAAAAUCGUGCACAUGUGCGGGCAGAUGCCCUUAGCCAUAUGGUUAUUGUGUAAGUUGCUCUCUGACGAUUCCGUCCAGUGUAGUGCAGAUCUUGAUGAAUUGAUGCUGUCUAAAAGAAGCCUACUUGAGUCGCUGGACAACCCAGAAUAUACCAGUAAUGCAAGGCUUAAAACCCUAUUUGAAUCGUCUUUCCAGAGACUGUCUUCGCAGGACCAAGAAGCACUGGUGUCUUUGAGUGUUCUCUCAGAGACAUUUGAUCUUAAGAUUGCAACAGCUGUUUUAGGACUAGAGAGAUCCACCGAAACUAAAGAAAUUCUGCGAAGACUGCAAGGGAGGGCUCUUCUAGAUAGAUGUCCAAAUUCGGAUAAAUUCUACAUUCACAAACUUUUACAAUCGUUCGCAAAAUACAAAGGUGAAAGGGAGAUGGAAGAAACAAUUUUGAUUGCGAACACUCGCUUUUUAUUAUUCUACAUUGACUUGGCUGAGAAACUCAAUGAGAUGUUCCUGACGGGACACUCCAUGAAAGCAUUGAUCGAGUUCUUCGACAAUGAAAGAAGCAUUGUAAAAAGUUUGAUGGAUGGUUGUACAAACGACAAGGUAGCGGACAGAGUUUUGCAAGUUUUGGCGAAAGCAGAGUUUUUUCUUGCCACUGUUUUUUACGACAACGAACUUAAUUUUGACAACAUUUUUCAAUCAGCAGUAAAGGCAGCUAGUCAGCUUGGACGAAGUGAUCUCCACAGACAACUACUUCAAUCCAAAGCGUUUGGCUAUAUGACUCGGGGCGGAGGUGGGAAAACAAUGCUGUUGCUUUCGGAGGCCAGAAGACUUCAAAGUUUGACCACUACCAUUUGUCCAGAAGAGAGAGGCAAACACUUGUGCUACUGUGGCAUCUAUCAACUUGUGGUAGGACAGACGCAAGAUGGAGUUGAAAGUUUAAAAUAUGCCAUUCCCCCUCUGAAUAAAACUGCUGAGCACACAGUUCUGAGACUUAUUAUACUUCAAAUCCUUGCCAUUUUCUAUCGAUGCACAAAUUACGAGAUGUCAGCCAUGUUCUACGACAGAGCAGUGCAAGAAUGCAGAGAUGCAGAAGACAUGCAUUUAUUGGUAAUUCCGGAUAAUAAUGGAGAAGCUAAUUAUUGGGAUGAACACAGAGUACCCUCAAGUACAGAAAAUCUUGGAAACGAACCCAUUGAAAUUGCAGUGAUCUAUCUUGUGGGCAGAGUAAUUGCAAAAAUAUCUUCAACUGAAAUUACAGAUUUUUCAAUCAAGUUACUGCUCAGACUGCUUCAAGGCAUCGAAUCAACCAAUGAAAUGACGAAACCUGGCUGGUUUAAAUUUCAAGCAAACAGCAUUAGUAUGCUGAGAAUUUUUCAUAAGUAUCAGGAAGGUUUAUCGCUAACUCAUAAACUAAUAACCUACCACCUAAGUUCACUGCAAGAGGGGACGGCAGGCGAAGAAAACACGAGCUCAAGUCUACACAAAGAAGCUCUAGCGGAGUGUUAUUUGCUAAAAGGAAAAAUUCAACAUUGCCUACGUCACUUCUCAGAAGCAUUCACUUCAAAACAGCAUGCUCUUACCAUCAUCUUAGAACUCUUCGGUGAAGGGCAUGUGAAGACUGCCGAUAUAUACUCGGAAUUAGGGUUUACAAAAUACGAACAAGGAGAUUUUAAUUCAGCCGCCAAGUCCCACGGGCGUGCACUCGACAUCAGAAUUCAGUUGCUUGGGAAAGAACACCAGAGAACCGCUGGCAGCUAUCGUGAACUGGGAGUUACCCAAUAUAUGCUAGGAGAUUACACCUCAGCCGCAGAGUCACUUAAUCAAGCACUAAACAUCAGACAAAAAAUAUUGGGUGAAGAUCAUGAGGAGACCGCUGACAGUUACAAUAUGCUGGGGAAAACCCAAUAUGUGCUUACAGAUUACAAUUCAGCCACUGUGUCACACAAGCGAGCACUAAACAUCAGACGAAAGAUAUUGGGUGAAGAUCAUCGGAAGACCGCCGACAGUUACCAUGAGCUGGGAGUUACCCAAUAUGUGCUGAGAGAUUAUACCUCAGCCACUGAUUUACUCAAGCGAGCACUAAAGAUUAGAGAGAAGGUAUUGGUUGAAGAUCACGAGAAGACCGCAGACAGCCACCAUAACCUGGGGGUUGCCCAGUAUAUACUUAGAGAUUACAUCUCAGCCACUGAGUCACUCAAGCGAGCACUAAAGAUCAGACAAAAGGUAUUGGGUGAAGAUCAUGAGAAGACCGCUGACAGCUACCUUUACCUGGGGGCUACCCAAUAUAUGCUUGGAGAUUACAUAUCAGCCACUGAGUCACUCAAGCGAGCACUAAAGAUCAGACAAAAGAUAUUGGGUGAAGAUCAUGAGAAGACCGCUGACAGCUACCAUGUGCUCGGGAAAACACAAUAUACGCUUAGAGAUUACACCUCAGCCGCUGAGUCACACAAGCGAGCAUUUAAAAUCAGACGAAUGAUAUUGGGUGAAGAUCAUCGGAAGACCGCUGACAGUUACCAUGAGCUGGGGAAAACCCAAUAUGUGCUUACAGAUUACAAUUCAGCCACUGUGUCACACAAGCGAGCACUAAACAUCAGACGAAAGAUAUUGGGUGAAGAUCAUCGGAAGACCGCCGACAGUUACCAUGAGCUGGGGGUUACCCAAUAUAUGCUUAGAGAUUAUACCUCAGCCACUGAUUUACUCAAGCGAGCACUAAAGAUUAGAGAGAAGGUAUUGGUUGAAGAUCACGAGAAGACCGCAGACAGCCACCAUAACCUGGGGGUUGCCCAGUAUAUACUUAGAGAUUACAUCUCAGCCACUGAGUCACUCAAGCGAGCACUAAAGAUCAGACAAAAGGUAUUGGGUGAAGAUCAUGAGAGGACCGCUAACAGCUACCUUUACCUGGGGGCUACCCAAUAUAUGCUUGGAGAUUACAUCUUAGCGGCCCAGUCCCUCAAGCGAACAGUUCUCAAGCAGUUUAACGCCCGGAUAUUAUCUUGGUUUGAGACCCCAGAGAAGUCUUUUUUUAAAUUCCUUUAUUGAAAGAUAUUGGGUGAAGAUCAUGAGAAGACCGCUGACAGCUACCAUGUGCUCGGGAAAACACAAUAUACGCUUAGAGAUUACACCUCAGCCGCUGAGUCACACAAGCAAGCAUUUAAAAUCAGACGAAUGAUAUUGGGUGAAGAUCAUCGGAAGACCGCUGACAGUUACCAUGAGCUGGGGAAAACCCAAUAUGUGCUUACAGAUUACAAUUCAGCCACUGUGUCACACAAGCGAGCACUAAACAUCAGACGAAAGAUAUUGGGUGAAGAUCAUCGGAAGACCGCCGACAGUUACCAUGAGCUGGGAGUUACCCAG